AUGGCUAAAGCAUCUAAAGUCGACAAGAAAUUGUCUAAGAAGAAAGAAGAAAAACCUGCUAAGAAGGUUGAAGAAGAAAGUUCUAGUGAAGAAAGCAGUUCUGAAGAAAGCAGUUCCGAAGAAAGCAGUUCCGAAGAAAGCAGUUCUGACGAUGAUUCGGACAAUUCAAGCAGCUCCAGUGAUGAAAGUUCCGAUAGUGACAGCAGUGAUGAUGAAGAAGUAGAAAAGAAGGAAGAGAAGGCUGCCUCUGACAAAGAAGAGGAUGAAGAAGAAAGUUCUGAUUCAUCUAGCUCUGAAAGCGAAGACGAAGAAGAAAAGGCUGCCUCUGGUGAAGAUGAAAAGAAGGAGGAAGAAUCUUCAUCAGACAAUGAAAGUAGUGAAUCCAGUUCCGAUAGUUCCAGUUCAGAAAGUGAUAGCGAUUCUGAUUCUGAUUCAGACAGCGACUCCGACUCCGACUCCGACUCCGAAUCCGAAUCCGAAAAAGAAGAAGAAAAAUCUUCUAAGAAACGUAAAGCUGAAGAAUCAAAGGAAGAAGUUUCUACUCCAGUCAAGAAAUCCAAACCAGCUGCUGUUAAUGAAGAGCCAGCCACUUUAUUUGUUGGUAGAUUAUCAUGGAACAUCGAUGAUAGUUGGUUAAAGAGAGAGUUUGAACAUAUUGGUGGUGUUAUUAGUGCCAGAGUCAUUAUGGAAAGAGCAACUGGUAAAUCUAGAGGUUAUGGUUAUGUUGAUUUUGAAACCAAAUCAGCCGCUGAAAAAGCACUUGAAGAAAUGCAAGGUAAAGAAAUUGAUGGCAGACCAAUUAACUUGGAUAUGUCUACUGGCAAACCACAUGCAUCCAGAUCCACUAAUGAUAGAGCCAAACAAUAUGGUGACAGUCAAUCUGCCCUAAGUGACACCUUAUUUGUUGGUAAUCUUUCCUUCAAUGCCAACAGAGACAAUUUGUUUACUGUUUUUGGUGAAUAUGGUAAUGUUAUUUCAUGCAGAGUCCCAACCCACCCCGACACCCAACAACCAAAAGGGUUUGGGUAUGUUCAAUUCUCCAGUGUUGACGAAGCCAAGGCUGCCUUAGAAGCAUUAAAUGGUGAAUACAUUGAAGGUCGUCCAUGCAGAUUAGAUUUUUCAACCCCAAGAGAUAACAGCAACACCAAUAAUAACAGAAGAGGUGGUUUUGGUGGUGGUCGUGAAAGAUCUGCUACCCCAAGAUCCGGUAACAGCACUCCAAGACCAAACAGGUCAGCCGAAUUCAAAGGUACUAAAAAAACCUUUGAUUAA